GACUGCAUUCCCUCCAGCAUUUUCGCAUCAGCUGCAUCACCCAUUCCUUCUGGGGUCUGGGACCCAGAAGCCCCAUGAAUCAGGGCAGCUGCUGCCUUGGUGGGUAAAAAUUGGGGAGGGGGGGAAGGAAGACCACUCUUGCACUCUUUUGACGAUGCCUUGGAGGGAGGAAUGAAGAUGGAAGAAGCAAGCUCAGCUGGUUUUGAAGAGAGAAGAGGUUCUGGUGCUGCCAAGUUUGGAAACAGAGGGGAAGUCUGGGAAAGGACUUUGCAGAAGGUCUUGGCUGGAGAUGCUGCCCGCUGGGGUGCUUGGUGCCAGCACUUCAGGCAGUUCUGCUACAAGGAGGCCAAGGGGCCCCGAGAGGUCUGCAGCCAGCUCCACCAUCUUUGUUGUCAGUGGCUGAAUCCAGAAAGGCACAGCAAAAUGGAGAUGCUGGACCUGGUGAUCCUGGAGCAGUUCCUGGCCAUCCUGCCCAUGCAGAGCUGGGUCAGGGAAUGCGGGCCAGAGAGCAGUUCGCAGGCGGUGACCCUGGCAGAAGGCUUCCUCUUGAGUAAAAUGAGGGAAGAGCAGGGGCAGGAUCCAGUAGCAGACACUAUGGUGGAUUUCCCUGAGGCAGAGAGGUCUCCACUGGGCGCUAGAAAAUGGCUGUUGUUCACAGGGGUCAAGCCGGUGGCCAGCCAUGAAACCACUUUACUGGGUUAUGGCUGUGAGGAAGACCCAUGUGAUGUUUCAUUGCAAGAUGUGGGGCGCCUUGAAAGAGAAAAGCAGGAAUGGAAAACUGAAAUAAAGCAGGAAAUGGGAACGGAAUCCCUGACUUCUCAGAGUAGCCGCUUCCAGGAGUUCAAGAUCCAGGAAAAGCCAGAUGAAGGAAAAGAAAAGGCUGGUGUUUGGGAGAGCAAGAAUGGGGGAGAAUCACGUGAGGUGUCAUUGAAAGGAACAGAAUACAUAGAUGGAGAAGUGCAAAUGUGGGAAGUUGAAAUAAAACAGGAAACAGGGAGGGAAUCCUUUCCGUUUCGGCACAGCAAUUUGCAGAAAAUCCCAAUUCAAGAGAAAGAAGAAGAGGCAAAGGGAAACACAUGUUGGGACAGCAAAGCUGAGGAGGAACCUCAGAAGAUGUCAUUGGAAGAAAUAGGAUGUGUAGAGGAAGAAUAUCAGUGGAAAACUGAAAUAAAAGAGGAAACAGGAAAUGUUUCUCGGGGCCAUGACUUUCAUGAAAUCCCAAUCCAAGUAAAGACAGGCAAGGGGAGAGAAAGAAAUGAACUAUGGAGAAACAAGCCCAAGAGAAAACUACACCAGUUUUCACUGGAAGGUUUCAAACAUGUAGAAAGAGAAGAGGACAGGUGGAAAACUGCAGCAGGGAAAGAAAUAAAGAAGGAAUCUUCUGCUGCUCAAGAAGGUGAUGGCCAUAAAGUCCCAGUCCAGAAAAAAACAGUCAAAGAGAAGGAGAGGAAUAAGUGCAAUUUCUGUGGGAAAAGCUUCAGUUGGAAAUCCAGUCUGAAUGCUCACUUGAAAAUCCACACAAGGGAGAAUCUGUAUGAAUGCCUGGAGUGUGGAAAGUGCUUCAUUCAGAGUUCACACCUAACUUCUCAUCAGAGAAUUCAUACAGGAGAGAAACCAUAUAAAUGCCUGGACUGUGGCAAGAGCUUCAUUAAGAGCACGAACCUCAUUUGCCACCAAAGAAUCCACACAGGGGAGAAACCAUUUACCUGUUCAGAGUGUGGGAAGAGUUUCUGUCAGAGAAUCACCCUCAUUAGACAUCAAAGAACCCAUGUAGGGGAGAAGCCAUACACUUGCUUAGAAUGUGGAAAGAGUUUCAGCAAGAAAGAUGAACUUGCUUGCCAUCAGAGAAUCCACACAGGAGAGAGAUCGUUUAAGUGCCUGGAGUGUGGAAUUAGCUUCAGUCGAAAUACAAGUCUCAGUUCACAUCAAAGGAUCCAUUCAGGAGAGAAGCCAUUUAAAUGCUCGGACUGCAUUAUGAGUUUUUGUGAUAAAUCAAGCCUUAAAAACCACCUGAGGGUUCACACAGGAGAGAAGUUCUACCAGUGUUCAGAAUGUGAAGAAAGUUUUUGCAGUGCAUCAAACCUCCUUCGACAUCAGCGCCUUCACACGGGAGAGAAACCUUUCAAAUGCUCAGAGUGCGGAAAGCGUUUCAGUCAGAAUGAACAACUUGCCACACAUCAAAGAAUCCACACAGGGGAGAAACCAUACAAGUGUUUAGAGUGUGGGAAAGGGUUCCGGUGCAGAUCAGUUCUUACUUCCCAUCAAAGAAUUCACACAGGGGAAAAACCAUUUAAAUGUUUUGAGUGUGGGAAAUGCUUCAACAGAAGCACAAAUCUUACUGUGCAUCAAAGAGUCCAUGCAGGAGGAAACACACAAAAAUCUGAGCAGUGUGCAGAGAACUGCAGGCAGAACAUGCUGUGUAGUAUUUACGCCCUGGAGGCAACAGUGCUCAACCAGAUGCUUACAAGAAUCUUGCAAGCAGAACAUGAAAACGGUGGUCGAUUAAUAAUAAGUAGGGUUGCCAACCUUCAGGUGGGGCCUGGAGAUUCCCAGAACGACAACUGGUCUCUGAACCACCGAGAUCCGCUAGAGAAAGAAAAUGGCAGCCACGGAAGAUGGGCUCGAUGGCAUCUUGAUGGAGAACUGCUACCACCUCAGCAUUUCCAAUCAAGUACAUAUCUUUACACAGAAGAAGAGAAUUCCGGGCUAAAACUGAAGAGCAUCAUGAGACAUAAAAUGUUACCAGAGAAAGGGAAGAGUCCUGGGGCUGAUUUCCAAGGUCUGGGAGAACAGGCCAGGCAGGUCAGGGAGGAUGUAGAGAAGGAAGGCCAAGGAGGUCUGGAACCCAUGAGGGUAUCUGAGAAAGCAGGAGAUUCUCCUGGAUUGAAGUCUGGAGAUGAAGAGGAUUUUAUAAAAACAGAGGUCCCAGAGAUGGUUGGGGGUGAGCCAAGGGAGAAAAGGUUGAGACUUCAAGAUUCUCCUGAGGUUUUGAAAGCCACAAAUACUCCAAACUCAGGAUGGGGAACCUCACAGGUAUCUGAACCAUGUGCUAAUACUAAGGCUAGCCUGUCUUCCUUUGAUGGAGGUUCAGAAGCUUAUCAGAGGUUCAAGGGUCUGGCUGAUGUUGGCAGGGAAGCCACUGAGGAAUACAGAAGAAUUGGAGUCAGGAACAUGGGCAAUUAUAGGAAGGUGAGGGAAGAUCUCCUGCAGGAAGACUUGGUCACCAUGGAUAUGCAGCGGAUGCUCUUCAGGGAGUUCCAGUAUCAAAAGGCUGAGGGGCCCCGUGAGGUCUGUAGCCGCCUUUGGUAUCUUUGCCACCGGUGGCUGAAGCCAGAGAGGCAUACAAAGGAGCAAAUCCUGGAGCUGGUGAUCCUGGAGCAGUUCCUAGCCAUCCUGCCCUCAGAUCUCAAGAGUUGGGUUAAGGCAGGUUGCCCUCAGACGUGCGACCAGGCAGUAGCCCUAGCGGAAGAUUUCCCACCUCGACGGCGACAGGCUGGGCAGCAGGAAUGCAAGGGUCCAGCACUAAUCCAAGAGGGGGCUUUGAAUUUCCCCGCUGCUGAGUGCCCUCCAGCUGGUCAGGAAAAGAAACAGCAUCACCUCAAGGCCAAGCAGGAGGAUGAAGGCAAUGAGUGGGUGAUUGACAGUAGGGUGCCAGAUCCUGAGCCAGAAAGUCCACCGCCCAUGGAGCUGCGCCAGGCAACCUGGGGGAACCCUGCCUGGCAUCAGGAGGAUGCAGAAGUCGCGGCAAGUCAAGAUGGCUCCGAGAGAGAUGGAGAAAACUGCCUGGACCCCAAAGAGGUGAAGAUCUUUCCUUAUUUGGGAGAGGACGGGGACCAGAUCCAACCAGUGGCUGUCAAGAGAAGGCGAAGAAGCCGGGGGAAGAAGACCUGUGGCGUGUGUGGGAAAACCUUCAGUCGGAGUACAGUGCUGGCUGCGCAUCAGAGGACCCACACAGGAGAGAAGCCAUUCAUGUGCCAGAACUGUGGGAAAUGCUUCAGCUUCAAAUCCACCCUGGUGGCGCACGAAAGGACCCACACGGGGGAGAGACCCUACACGUGCGACCAGUGUGGGAAAAGCUUCACCGUCAGUUCAGUCCUUACAAGACACUACCGAGUCCAUGUCGAGAAAGAACUGUUCCGCUGCUCGGAGUGCGACAAGACCUUCAGUCAGAAGUCACAGCUCCUGAAUCACCAAAAAAUCCACCUGCGGGAGAAGCCAUACAAAUGCUCAGAGUGCGGGGAAGGCUUCAGCAGGAGUUCGAGCCUUAAAAAACACGAGGGCUCCCACACAGGAGAGAAGCCCUUCAAAUGCCCGGACUGUGAGAAAUCCUUCAACACCUCUUCUCAGCUGGUCAAGCAUCACCGCGUGCACACGGGAGAGAGGCCCUACACCUGUGCUGAAUGCGGGAAAAGCUUCAGCCAGUGGCAAAUCCUGAUGGUGCACCAGAGGACCCACACCGGAGAGAAACCCUUCAAAUGCGCCACCUGUGGGAAAUGCUUCUCUGACCGUGCUGUCCACAUCAGGCACCAGAAAGUCCACACUGGGGAGAGGCCGCACCUGUGUACAACCUGUGGGAAAAGGUUCACUCACCGCACGGUCCUGGUGAAGCACCAGAAAAUCCACGCCAGAGAAGCUCUGAACAUGCUUCGAAUGGAGGAGGAGCAGAAGCAGCAACCGCCAAAGGAGGUUCCCGGAGGGCUGGGAAGGGUUAAGCUGACUGAGGUUUGCUGCCCAGACCGGAGCAGGAGCCGGCGGGAGGCGCGCGCGCCUGUUGCUUUCCUGUUCCUUGCCUUGGUGGCUGAGCGUGGCUUUGGGGUCGCCUUUGGCUUCCUGGCUCCCAGCGCUGCAGGUUGGGGUCGCCUUGGGGGUGCUUGCUCAGAGAAGCGGGUUUCCCCAAAUUUCCAGAAUUUUCCCAAAAUGGAGUUAGGGAAAUGCCUUUAUGUGCCUCAAGAGAGAAUGGAGACCGCAAAGUGUAAAACUCCAAGGGAUGCUCUCAAGUUCCAAGUAUUGCCAGAAGAAGGCAUAAAGGCCAGGGAGCUGCCGCAAGAACAAGGCCAGGGUGGGCUUGAACACAGGGUGGCAUCUGAGAGGCCAAAAACAGCCUCCCAUGAAUUCAACACAGUGAAUGAACAGGAGUUGGUGAAGAAAGAGGUCCCAGAGCAGAAUACGAGCCAACCGAGUGAGAGGUGGCUGAAACCUUUUGGGAUGCCUGCGUUCCUGAAGUCGGUUCAGUUCCCUCAGCCAAGAUGGAGAAACCCACAGCCACCAGAAGCGGCUCCUUGGGAAAACGCAAAGGCUUUCCUGGCCUCCUUUGAGGGGGUGGCCAAUAUUUAUCAGCAGUCUCAAAGGCUGACAGACCUCAGUAGAGAAGUCCAAGGGGAUAACAGAAAGAUAGAAGGCAGAAAUAUGGAGGAUUACUGGAAUGUGAGGGAAAACCUCUUACGAGAGAGCUUGCUCACAACGGACAUGCAACGGACAUUCUUCAGGGAGUUCCGAUACCAGGAGGCUGAGGGGCCCCGGGAGGUCUGUAGCCGCCUGUGGUAUCUCUGCCACCGGUGGCUGAAGCCAGAGAGGCAUACCAAGGAGCAAAUCCUGGAGUUGGUGAUACUGGAACAGUUCCUGGCCGUCCUGCCCCUGGAGAUCCAAGGCUGGGUGAAGGGGGGGCAUCCUCAGACUUGUGACCAGGCAGUAGCGCUGGCCGAAGAUUUCCUGCGGAGACGGCAAGAGGCCAAGCAGCUGGAGCGGGAGGGACCAAGACCAAUCGCAGAGAUGGCUGUGAGUAUCCCCACCACUGAGCACUCUUCACCUGUCACUGGAGACAAGCAGUUUUGCAUCAAGGAGGGUGACACUAAAAUCAGCGCAAAAGAUGUUGGGAGGGGGACAGAGAAGAAAGAAGAUAAAUCUCCACCAGAAGACCCUCAGCCACCGGUGAAGCACGGAACAUCCUUUGGAAAGCCCACCUGGCAUCAAGAGUACGGAGAAGCUUCUGCAAGUCAGGAUGGCUCACGGAAGGAGAGGAAGAUCUAUCCAGAUCCAAGAGUGGGUGUAUUCUUCUCGUACUUAGAAGAAGGUAGGAACUUGAACCAAACCAGAGUGGUAAAGGGGAGGCGAAGAAGCCGAGGGGCAAAGGUCUGCACUGUAUGCGGGAGAAGUUUCAGCCGGACCACUGUUCUUGUUGCACAUCAAAGAACCCACACUGGAGAGAAGCCCUUCAUGUGCAAGGAUUGUGGGAAAUGCUUCAGUUUGAAAUCUACCUUGGUGGCACAUGAAAGGACCCACACCGGGGAGAGACCCUACACGUGCUCACAAUGUGGGAAAAGCUUCACGGUGAGCUCAGACUUGACUAGGCACUACAGGAUCCAUAUUGGAGAGAAGCCGUUCAACUGCUCGGAGUGUAACAAAAGCUUCAGUCGGAAAACCCAACUUCUCAACCAUCACAAAGUGCACACGAGAGAGAAGCCGUACAAAUGCUCGCAGUGCGGGGAGAGCUUCAGCCGAAGUUCCAGCCUUAUGAUCCACGAAGGUUCCCACACAGGAGAGAAACCAUUUAAAUGUCCAGAUUGCAACAAGUCGUUCAACACCUCCUCUCAGUUGGUCAAACACCACCGCGUGCAUACGGGGGAGAGACCUUACACCUGCUCUGAAUGCGGGAAAAGCUUCAGCCAGAGACAGAUCCUGAUGGUGCACCAGCGAAUCCACACGGGAGAGAAGCCCUUCAAAUGCGCCACCUGUGGGAAAUGCUUCUGUGACCGUGCUGUUCUCAUUAGGCACCAGAAAGUCCACACGGGGGAGAGACCGCAUCAGUGCUCAACCUGCGGGAAGAGUUUUUCGCACCGUGCUGUCCUUGUUCGGCAUCAGAAAAUCCACACAAGAGAAACUCUGGGAGUGCUUCAACUGGAAGAGGAACAGUCUACUGAAACUGUGUAAAGGCUUGAAUUUAUUCUGUGUUGCCUUGAUAUCCCACUGUAGUGCACAUGAAUCAAUUUAGAGUCCAAUAGCACAUUGAAGACCAAACAGAAUUUUUCCAGGGUAAAAUGAAUCAAAGCUCACUUCUUCAGCUGUAAAUACAUCAGCCCUUAUAUGUCCAGGUCGGGAGGGUGGAGGGGUGUUACCAAGAAGGACCAAUUGGAGUUUCUUUUCAACACUACUCUCACCUUCCGAUCUGACUUAAGAGCUGAUGAAUCUUCAGUCUCUUUCGCAGGUGAUGAAGUGAGUUUUGACUCACAAAUUCGUACAUCCUGGAAGAUUUUGUUGGUCUUUUAGGUUCAGUUAAGACUUGAAUUUUGUUCUGCUACUACAGACUGACACAGCUGCUCCACCUGAACUGUCUUUAUGUAGUGUGCAUGGAAUCUCAUGAGAAUCCAGUUGUAUGCAGUAAGUUUACUACAUGUUUGCACCAAAACAGGAAUCCAGAGAAGCAGUUGAUUUUUUUCCUUGCCAUGAAACUGACUUCCCAUGUAUGGGCACAUCACAAUGUGUUGUUGGUGGGAGGGGGAGGGAAGGCAGGAAAUGGUCACACAAAUUCACCCUUGAAUCCUUGAUAGCUCUUGGCAGUGACAGACAACUGCUGGCAAGGUUGCCAAAAAUUUUGGGAAGCCAAUGGAACUGCCAAUGUCAUCUUUAAACUAUGCACCACAGUGUGUGUGUGUGGGGGGGGAUCCACUGAAAUUAUGCAUGUGCUCUUGCUAGUUGUAGGAGGUGUGAUUGAAACAAAGACUCUUGUUUUCCAUGGUUAAAUUCAACAUUUAUGUGCAGCACUGUUCUAUAUGGUAGAUAGGGUUGCCAACUCUGGGUGAUGCUGUACAAUCCAAUUUACAAAACAACCAUUUUUUUCCCAGUGGAACUGAUCUCUGUUGUCUGGAGAUCAGAUGUAAUCUUGAAGAUCACUAUGCCCCACCUAGAUGAUGUCAACUCUAUCAUUGAGGGACUUGGUAAUCAUUUCAGAUAAAGGGCGGGUUGCCAUUAACUAUGUAUUGUGAUAAUUGGGGGGAAGUGCCUCAUGUUAAUUAGAAGGGCUAAUGUCCACUUCAUCGUGUUGAUUAAGUCUGCUUAUAUUGGCAAAUGAACACACAAUAGCUGGGACAGAGAAAAGAAGCCUCCUUCCAGUAUGUUGAUUUAUGAAUCACACCAAACCAUAAUUUGAGCUUUGAAGCCCACAGCAAAUGAACUACUGUUUAGGACUGCU